GUACAUGUUGCUAAGUAACAGAAGAGGCUACCAGAAGUCUUAGCUGAGGUCAGGCAGCACAGACUGUGGUCCUGUUUUUCUUUGCAAAUUGCUUUUAACGACUCUACAGCACAGAGAUGCCGUUCAGUGGUACGGUCAAAUCUCCUCUGCACGACCAGAUAUCGGAGAUGCAGCGUAAAAUACAACUACUGGAGGGCGACAGAACAGCGUAUUAUGAGAGCUCUCAGUCCACCAUCAAGAGGAACAGGGAGUCCAUCCUCCAGCUGAGGCAGCAGAACAAGCAGCUGUACAGAAAACUGGCAGAGGCAAACGCUGGUGAUGAAAAUGUGAUCAAAGUGGCUUUUCAUAACAGAGGCUCAGAAAAGGAGACCUAUCGCAACAUGUCAGGGAAGGCAGCUCUUACAACACUAGACCAGAGUGUUUUGUCCAAGACAAAACGUCUCAACGCUCUGAAACACAUCACUCAGACCAAGCAGCGCCACCUUGAAGAGCUGGAAUUGGAACACCAUAGGGAUCUGACAGUCAGACAGUCUGCUCAUGCUCCUACUCAAAAGAACAUGGAGGACACCAUGAACUUGCGAGCAUUGAAGAACAGUCUGGAGAAGACCCAGUUUAAGUGGAGGGAGGCAGAGAGCAUCAUGGGUAACUACCAGAAGGUCAAAAGUCACCUGCAGGAUGAGGCUCUUACCUUCCAGGGACAGCUGGACAGUCUGGAAGCAGAAAUCCUGAAGCACAGGGAGGAACAUAACAGCAUGCAGUCCAUUAACACUGUGGCCCAGCUCUCUAAAGAAGCUGCUAAGGCUGAGUUACAGCAGCAGGAGGAACUGCUCUACAGGGAGCGCAAGGAGAGAGAGCGGGUUGUAGCCAGCUACAGGAAAAAGGUUGAGGAGCGCAAGGCCCAAGCUGAAAAGGCUGAUAGAAGGGGUCAGAGAACUGCUAUGCAGCCAGAUGAGCUGAGCAGCGAGGCUCAGCGAAGCAGCCCCAGGAUGGCAGGGGAGGAGGAGAAAGUCAUCUCCACUUUUGAGGAAGCCUUCCGACGCAUCAAGGAGGCCACUGGAGUCACAGAUAUACAGGAGAUCGUGGACCGCUUCAUCUCACAGAAGGAGACACACCAACAUCUUGAGAAGCUGAAGGAAGAGAAUGAGAACAUGCUGCAGCAGCUGAAGGAGCAAAAGGAGCUCUUGAACCAACAGUUCCAGGAUAUGAAAUAUUCUGGCGAGGCUAAAUUCUCCAGCGACCAACAGCUGCUAGAGGAGUGCGAUCAGCAUCUGCAGGCUCAACAGCGAAGGUGCGACUCCAGUAAGGAGCGCUUGGAUUGGCUUAUUAAAACCCUCAGCACUGUCCGAGCUGGGGUGGAGCACCUCACUGACAAGCUUCAACACCUCACACUGACUGAGGACACAGAGGCUGACGUGUCUCCAGAUUCGGAUGAGUUCGUGGUGGAGCUGAUGACUCAGUGUGAGCUGAAGCUGCAGUUACUGCACGAUGAGCUUCAGGGAAAGGAUCUGGCUGCCAUCAUGAAGGAGAUGGAGGAGGAUGAGUUCUAUGUCAGGAUUGAGAGAAAAUUGCCAGCUUAUAACACCCGUGUCAAGUUACCUGAGGACCAUAAUGUGGACCUCUUCCAGGAUGAGGAUGAGAGUGAAGAGGAUGAAGGGGACAUCCUAUCACGGGAUGCACUGAAGCGUCAGUCUCAGCUCAUCAUUGACUCCAAGUCCAAGAAGAAGCCAUGGAAGAAGAAGAAGGGCAAGUUUUGAUCUGACUCCACGGUCUCCAGACUCAAGAUGAACCCUAAAGGGGAAUAAAAGUGUAGAAAUAACCUA